UUAUCGAAAGGUGGUCUCACCACCAGCAUUUUAUCCAUUUUUCUCGUCGAAAAUCACCAAAUAUUUUAAAAUUUAGCCUUUUAAUUCCCUUGUACCCGCAAAGUGCCUCUUAAUUUCAUGAAGUUGUGAAUAAACAUUGCCAAAUAUCGCUGAAAAUUGCAAUAAUUCGAGAACCGCAUCGUGUGUUUACAAAAAAAUUAAAAAAAUAUUUCGCUAGUUAUUUAUUGUUUUUAAUUAACGAUGGUCACCGUGGCUGUUCCCUACAUCUUCAACGAGAUUUACAGCGUUUUCAAGAACGCACCUCCUUAUGCCUUGUUUUUGGAAGUUUUCUUGUUAUUCGCUGUCAUUUGGCUGAUUUUCCACAAGAGCAAUGGAAAAACGAAGAAAUUAUCUCCCGAGGAGAAGGCACGCAUCAUUGAGAAUUGGACUCCUGAACCGCUCGUCGCUUUCACGCCGGAAGAUGAUCCCGCGCUGAAGGAACGUCUCGUCACGGGUCGCGUUGGCAAGCGAGUGACCGUCAACGGCGUAGAUUGUCUCAAUUUGGCAUCGCACAACUACUUGGGGCUCUUGGAAAACCCGGAAAUCACGGAAAGUGCGAUUAAAAGUUUGCGCAAAUACGGCGUCGGAAGUUGUGGUCCACGUGGAUUUUAUGGCACAGUUGACGUGCACUUGGAACUCGAGGAGAGAUUGGCGCAAUUUAUGAACAUGGAAGAGGCUGUUGUGUAUUCUUAUGCAUUUUCGACAAUCGCAAGUGCUAUUCCAGCGUAUUCCAAACGAGCUGAUAUCAUUUUUGUUGACGAAGCAGUGAAUUUCUCCAUUCAAAAGGGAUUGGAUGCAUCGAGAUCGAAAAUUGUGUUCUUCAAACAUAAUGACAUGAAGGAUUUGGAAGCAAAAUUAGAGGAACAGGCCAAGCUUGACAAGAAAAACCCGAGAAAAGCUGCCAAAACUCGCAAAUUUUUGGUUGCGGAAGGAAUUUAUUUCAACACCGGCGAAAUUUGCCCUUUGCGAGAGUUGGUGGAGUUGCGUAAAAAGUACAAAUUACGAAUGUUUUUGGACGAAAGCAUCUCUUUUGGGUGUCUUGGCAAAGGAAAGGGACUUACCGAGCAUUUAGGAAUCGAUAAAAUCGAAAUUGACCUAAUUUCGGCCUCGCUGGAACACUCAAUCUCAUCAAUUGGCGGAUUUUGCGUUGGAUCGUCCUUCAUUGUCGAGCAUCAACGUCUCUCUGGUCUCGGUUACUGUUUUUCCGCAUCAUUACCGCCUUUGCUCGCUCAAGCUGCGAUCUCAGCGUUGGACACGUUCGAGAAAGAUCCUCAAAUGUUCGAUCAGCUACAGGAAAAGUGCUCUUUAGUUCAAGAAAAGUUCAGUAAAUUCACGAAUCUCACGUUGCGCGGCGAUAUUUUGUCGCCGUUGAAGCAUCUUUACCUGCGAAAAGAGCUCUCGUCGUACGAGGAGGAACGAGAAGUCCUCGAAAAAGUCUCGGAAGAGUGCAUUAAGCGCGGCGUUGCUGUCGUCAAAGCGGAAUAUUUGGAUAAAAUCGAGAAAUUCUGUCCGCGAGCCAGUAUUAGAAUCGCCAUAAAUCGAUUGUUGACGAAAGAUGACAUCACAACAGCCUUUGAUACGAUCGAAGAGGUGUCGAAAAAGGUGUUGGCACAAAAAUAAUUUAAAACAUGAACCUUGAAUAUCAUUCCAAAAUCGAAUAUUUUUCGUUUUUCUGCACUUUUGAACCAGUUACGUUUUUCUUUUAAAUAAUUUUUAAGAAUUUACGACGAAUCUAAAGUUUUUUGGAUCGAUUCUAGCUUUUUAAGAUAAUAAUUAGUCUUAGGAUGAAGGAGCUUUACCAAAAAAAAUCACAAAGAGUUCACAAAAUAAUAAAAAAUGCUUUUGA